CCCACAACUCUUCCCUUCCAUAAAUCAGAAACAGAGCAUCAGCAAUCUCUCCAAUGGCGCUAGAGGCUCUUGAUUAUUUCUUCCAGCAGCAGCAGCAGCAAGACACUACUUUCUUCACCGAAUUCACCUCCAAAGACCCUCUCUACUCCUUCCUCGAAUCGACGCCGAACUGGACCCCUGAUUUCGACGGCGGCGGCGGCGGCGGCCAUUGUUUUCUGGACAACCAAGCAGAGCCCGUCUUCCUCCACCAACACACUGAUAAUGAUCAUCACCAUUGGGAAAAUUACUUCCCUACCCUUCACUACCCUUCCUCCGUAACGGCCGGAAAUGUCACUGGCUCCCCUGAAUUCAACGGCGGAGUGGAUCCAACAUCAUCAUCUUCUUCCCCAGCCGCCGCGGCAGCGGAGGCAGAGGCUGUUCUGCCGCGGGGGAAGAAACCGCGGCGGGCGAGGAGCAGGAAGAACAAAGAGGAGAUCGAGAGCCAGAGGAUGACUCACAUUGCCGUCGAGCGUAACCGGAGGAAGCAAAUGAAUGACUACCUCUCUGUUCUUCGCUCCCUUAUGCCUGACUCCUACGUUCAAAGGGGUGACCAAGCUUCCAUCAUCGGCGGGGCAAUUAACUUCGUCAAGGAGCUGGAGCAGAGGCUGCAGCACUUGGGAGCAAUACUGCACCACAAAGAAGCCAAGCGGAAGUCGACCGAUCAUCAAUUGCCUCCGUUUGCUGAGUUCUUCACCUUCCCGCAGUACAGUUCCUCUGCCUCCUCGCGACUGCCGCCGUUGGUUGGGGAGAAUUCUGCCAAUAACUUUGACUCCCAACAGAUCAGUAACAGCAAGACCGUGGGGCCCCGAGUUGGUGACGUGGAGGUGACGAUGGUGGAGAGUCACGCCAGCGUGAGGGUUAGGUGGAGGAAGCAGGCGAGGCAGCUGCUGAGGCUGGUCGCCGGCCUGCAGAGCUUUCGCCUCUCUGUUCUUCACCUCAAUGUCACGACGGCGGCGGAUGAUGAUGACCGCCAAACUGUGCUCUACUCUCUCAGCCUCAAGGUUGAAGAGGAUUGCAGGCUGAAUACGGUGGAUGAGAUCGCCACAGCUGUUUAUGAGAUGCUAGAUGGGAUUAGUCAAGAAGCAUAGCUUCAAGCUUAUCUUAUAUCUCAAGAGACUAAUUGUUUGGAUCUGAUCAUAAGUUAUUUUAAUAAACUAGCUUCAUUUCCUUUCCAGUUUUAAUUUAUAUUUUUCUUGAUGCUGCGCUAGUUCCCCCAUCGAGUACUGUAAUUUGUGAUUGCCCAAUUGCCUACAAAUUCAUCUAAUACAUAUCCUAAAGAAUUAAAGGUUCCAAUAAUUUGAGUUGUUGAACAAAUUUGAAAUGUUAUAUGAUUU